CUUAAAAAUCUUUCGUAACAUAUGCUGUUAUUUACAAACAUCUUUCAGAAUGUUCAUAAAUAAAUUUGGUGUUCAAAAUAAACAGAUUCCUAGAAAAUGUGAAACAUUCGGAUGAGGUUGUAACAGAAUCAGAGAUUAUAAACGUAUAUAAAGUGUGGCAUCAAUGGAAUAGUUCGUAGAAAGACGUACAGUAACACGCGAGAAACAUGUCUCUUAAAAUCUUCACUUUUCUGUUCCUCUUACUCAUCGUCGAGUCGUUUGGUGCUGCUGUUUAUGAAGCAAAACGAAAUUGUAUACCGGGUAAAAGUUACUUUGAUGGGUGCAAUACUUGUUUUUGUCAAGGAAGUGGAGAUAUAAUCUGUACCUUGAAAUACUGUGAAAUAAUCGAUUCCAAAACUGGUACUACGAAAAUGGCAGAAUACAUACCCCCUCCGGACGAUUUUUGGAGUAACUAACGAUAUUAAUCAUUUAUAAGUACAUUAACACUUGGUCAGUCGUUCAAACUGUCGUGGGCAGCACAAAUUAGAAUAUCAUAUGCUUUUCAACGAACUAUUGUAUAUCUGAUCAGUAACAAACAAGAUAUUUAAAAAGAAUAAAUUAUUAUCUCAAAAACUGAA